AUGGAUAGAAACAAAAAGGGUAAAAUAGCCAUAAUUACCGGCGGUGCUUCUGGAAUAGGAGCUGCGUAUGUAAAAAGACUGUUUAAAAGUGGCAUGAAAGGUUGCACAAUCGCGGACAUCGAUGAGCAAGGCGAAGCCCUGGCCAAGGAAAUGGAAUGUUGUUAUGGAAAGGGGAGAGCGCAUUUUGUCAAGACUGAUUUAGUAAAUGCGGAACAGUUUGAAUGUGUCUUUGAAAAGACCAUGCAGAAAUACAAGAAGCUGGACUUGCUGGUGAACAAUGCGGGCAAGCUAAAGGACAAAGCCUGGGAGGAAAUGAUCGACUUAAAUAUAACAACUACAGUCAGAGGCAAUUUGUUGGGCAUUAAGUAUAUGGGCAAAAAUAACGGCUAUGGAGGUGGCACCAUCGUUAACACUUCGUCCAUCGCAGGACUGCAAGCAUUUAACGAAUUUCCUUGCUAUUCCGGCGCCAAACAUUUUAUUAUAGGGUUCACCAGAUCAAUCGGUACCAGAUUUUGGUUCGAUUUGACCGGCAUUCGAUUCAUGUCUAUUUGCCCGGGUGUAACGGAUACUUCGAUGAUCGACAAUGCACCCAACUGGGUGCUUGAUGGCUUUCCCGACUUGGAGAAACGAGCUAAACGCCAACUUCUCAAUGAACCCUGCCAAAAUGUUGAAGACGUGGCAGAAGGUUUAAACGAGAUGCUCAAUUAUGGAGACAAUGGCAGUAUAUGGGUAUGUCAAGGAGGUGGUCCUAUUUAUGAUGUGAUUAUUCCUCCCAUUCGAGAGAUGAAGAUUGGGUGUUAAUAUACGCAUCAAAGCUAAAUCUCAAUUCGUCGAUAUUUAAUUUGACUGUGGUUGUAUCAGUAGCAAAACAAUUUUUACCUUUUUAUGUAACUGUAAAGUGUAACUGACUCUUUGUUAAAAGAAACCGGGUAAAUUGUUGUAACAUCCAAAUAAUUAUGCAUAUAUUCGAUAGGCCUAGUCUCCGGAAACUAAUAGGCGCCUAAAUAAUAAAAAUGUGUAACAAACA